AUGGCUCGCGCGCACAACGCGACAUUGGAGUCGAUCCAGUACGCCAGAGGGACGCUGCGCCUCUUGGAUCAGCGGAAACUGCCCCUCGAGACCGUCUUUGACGAGAUCCUCACCGUAGAUGACAUAUGGACGGCCAUCAAAGAGAUGCGUGUGCGUGGCGCGCCCGCAAUUGCUGUUAGCGCCGCUCUUGCCAUCGCCGUGGCCGCAGGGAAUGAAUUAAAAAAGAAAGACGGAGCUUGCAAUUCGGUCGACGGUACACGACGUUUUCUACUCGAGAGCUGCGACACCGUCAUGACAGCCCGUCCAACAGCCGUGAAUCUCUCGAAAACACUCAUACAACUGAAACGUGAUAUUGCGGAUGUUACGGCGAAUACGGCAGGAGGUUUGGUGGAGGCGUGUGCCGUUUUGGCAGAAAAAAUUUACGCGGAGGAUGUUGCCUGUAAUGAGGGCAUCAUGCGUCAUGGUGCAGCGCACUUAACGCAACUCGUUAAAAAGUCAAAGGUGAGUGUGCUUACUAUAUGCAACACAGGAGCCCUUGCCACGUCACGGUAUGGCACGGCUCUUGGGGUUGUGCGUCAGCUCUUCUAUGAAGGCAAACUGGAACAGGUGUAUGCAUGUGAAACACGGCCGUGGAAUCAAGGGGCACGGCUCACGGUGUAUGAAUGUGUCCAAGAGAAUAUUCCAUGCACGCUUAUUUGUGAUAGUGCCGUCUCAGCUCUCAUGGGAUCCCGCCCAAUUGACGCCGUCAUUGUCGGCGCCGAUCGCAUUUGCCGAAAUGGAGACACAGCAAAUAAGAUUGGAACAUGCAACCUCGCGGUGGCCGCGGCACACUACGGCGUUCCUUUUUUUGUGGCCGCACCCUCCACAACGCUGGACCCAAUGACAGCCGACGGUGAAAGUGUCGUCAUUGAGGAACGUGAGACGAUGGAGUUGACACACAGCAUGGCAACUCAGCAGCGUGUAGUGGCAGAGGGACCGUCGCUACGUAUUUGGAACCCAGUGUUUGACAUCACCCCUGCCGCGCUUGUCACCGGCGGUAUCAUCACAGAGCGUGGGGUACUGCAGCCCUCUGCAACUGCUCCCUUCUUUGACAUUACCCGCAUUGUUAGUGCAAGCUGA